AUGGAAAAACUUACAAAAAUGGAAAAAGUUUUAAAGAAGGCGGCAAUUGUAGAAAAUGUAAGUGUAAGGAUGGAGAUAUCAAAUGCAAAACCAACAAGAAAUUCCAUAAAGUUAAAACAGAACCAGAAAUCGGAAUCUAGCGGGGAUUCCUGUGAUUACAAUGGACUGACUUACACUGAUGGAGAAACGUUUAACAGUGACGACGGAUGUAACACGUGUCGGUGCACAGACGGAAGCGUUGACUGUACCAGGGACGUAUGUAAAGAUUGCGUAAACAAUGGAAUUACGUAUGAAAGCGAAGAGUCCUACGCUUCGCCGGAUGGAUGUAACAGAUGUACAUGCAUAAACGGUCAAAUCAAGUGUUCAUCUAAAAAGUGCAAAUCAUGCAAAGUAAAAGGGGUAGGAUCGUUCCCGUCUGGAUCUAUUUUUCCUGGUGAAGAAAAAUGCGAUACAUGUACUUGUGAGAACGGGAAGGUCGAAUGCAAAAGAAGAAAAUGUUCGAACUGUUACUACAAUGGUAAGAAGUACAAACAUCAGGAAACGUUCAGAUACAGAGACGACUGUAACAGGUGCGAGUGCUUGUAUGGAUAUGUGGAGUGUACCCGAUACAACUGUCCUGAUAACUGUAACGUCAACGGUCCUUUGAUUAAGCAUGGAGAAAUGUUUCCCAGUACUGAUGGCAUCAAGGAAUGCUGGUGUAAGGAUGGAGUCGUCGAGUGCGUGGAGUUUAAAUGUCCGGGAAUGAGUUCUUGUGUUGUCAAUGGCACGGUGUUUCAGUCUGAAGAAGCUUUCCUUAGUGAAAACAAUGACAAGUGUAUGUGCAAGUAUGGCGAGGUCAGGUGUAUGGGCCUAAGAUGUGAUGGUAAAGAUGGUGGACUAGACGGAAAAGGAUAA